CGUGGGCGUUGCGCGGAUAGCGGAUAGCGGAUAAAAAUAUCGCGAUCGCUGGCACGGUGACUUCGAUCCUUGCCGGUAGUGGCAGUGCCGUGGUACUCGCGUUAAACGCGCUUCGGAGAAGCAGAGAUCGCGAUGAUCCGUUCGCGUGGGAUUGGAAAAUAUUAAACCGACCGUGUCGAAUGUUGACCCUAAUCGCGACCGAAGCAGAUCCGACCCGGCAAUUUGCGGCCUGUGCUCGGUUAGCCAUGCGAGCAUUCUGACUGUCGGAGCACCCCGUGGUACGAUCGAGGAUCGGUCGAGAUGGAGCGUGCCAUUUCCACGAGCGACAGUCGCUCCAAGAGGCUGUCAACGAUCACGGAAUACUCGGAGCCCGGGAUCGACGGCGACGAUAACGAUCGGCGGCCAGAGUGCCGCGAGGUGGAGAACGAGGGCGAGGAAGAGGAGGAAGAAGAAGAAGAGGCGGAGGAGGAAGAGGCGAUUCCCAGGGGCGAUGCCGAACAGCGGAGCCUCGAGGAGGAGCAGGGAACGGCUGUGAAGUACUUCCUCCUGGACGACUCGCCGAUGGCGAAGUUCAGCCGAAGCAUCAAGUGGAUCUACAAGAAAUUACCAGUGGGCGGGGGUGGUGCUGUGCUGGUGCUCAGCGAGCUUGAAAGCAUGGCAGCCAGGCAACAGCGGGAAAUUGCCCAGCAAAGGCGCCUCCUGGAGCAGAGAGAGGCCCGUCUAGCCGUGCUUCGAGGCGCACAGGAGCCAGCACAGCAGGACAAACUCGCCAGAUUGAGGCACAGGCUGGACCAACAACAAAGCAAGCUGAAUCGGCUGCGAUUGCUCAGAUCGCAGACCGACCAGUCACGUGCCAACAACGCCACGCUGACCUCGGACCUGGACUGCAUAAGGGCGCUGUUCAACGAGAAAGAGAAGGAGCUCUCUCUGGCGGUGGCGAAGGUCGAGGAGCUGACGAGACAGCUCGAGGAGCUACGGGGCCGGCAGAACGCGGCCGGGACCGGAAGCGGAGGCGGUGGCGCCGGAGGCGUCGGUGGCGGAGGCGUUGGCGGCGGCGGCGGCGGACACUUGUCGACACCGGCCAGCGCCGAGCUGGAAAAACUCAGAAGGGAGCUUAUGUACCGUAAUAAGAUGAACGAGCAGCAGAACCAGGUGGUAUCUCAGCAACGGUUAGCCCUUGCACAACGACAGGCGGAAAUGGCGUCGAUAGACGCGAGGAUAGCUCAGCUUCAGGGUCGUCUUCAGCGUAAGAGAGCCUUGAAUCAGCGACUGAGCCAGCAGCUGGGCUCUGGGAACCGCACGAACGCGAACACUGGGUUCACGGAAUCGAAACUGGACUUCAACGCCGGGGGAAAGUCCAGGCCAGCUGGGAACAUAGCCGCCAUUGAACCAUACUCCCACAUACCGAACGACAACGAUUUUAAUCUGAACAAAAACGAUCCCAAGUACCAGACACUGCCUUACAACACCAAGUUCACGGUGAACUUCAAGGCUGCUGAGGAUGACGUUAAUAAAAAUAAGAUUCAACACUCGGCUAGCGCUUCUCAGCUGGGCCAGAGGGCGGCUUUCCAACAGUUUGGACAUCAGAUAGCUCAUAGCCAGUCCCAGUCGCAUAUUCAAGGCCAAUCGCAGUUGCUAGGCACGAAUCAACAGCAGCACAAUCAGAACCUGUCCAAUCAGCCCGUGAACAUGCAACAGACCUGCAACAACAACAAUAACAAUAACAACAACACCAACAGCACGAAUAACAACCUGAUCAGUUCGUCGCACAACUUCAGCCCGGAGGGUCUGUCGCAAAAUCUUCGGAUUCAUCAUCAACAGCAGCAGCAGCAGCAGCCACAGUCGCAGCAACAACAGCAGCAGCAGCACGGUAACGUUCAACAGAAGCAACACAACGUUGGUUCGUCGGCGUCGAAUCUCGGCACCACGGUGUCCAUCACCCAAACCCAGAAUCACAGAAACCUGCAAACACAUCAGAAACCGGUAUCCAGCGUGGCGCCAAGCUUCUCCGUGAAGUCUCAGAUCUAUCAGACUUCCUCUACGAAGAUCCAUCCUGUGAUGCCGCAAACGUUGAGUCUGAUAUGCCGUGGACACAACAACGCGCAAAAUUUCGUUGGUCUGAGCACCCAGAGCAACCAGCAGCAAUCGAACCAGUCUGUUCCUACCAGCCAAACACCCAACCAGGACCAGAAUUACACCUCGAGGCACAAUUAUCCUGGAAUCCAACACUCCACGCAAGCAAACACCCACGUGUCCUCGUCUUCGGUAUAUCAGACUCAAAACUCUCCUAAUCCACCGUCGACCAUUCACACGUCGUCCAGCGGGACCAGCUUUGGCAACUCGGUUCAGAGGUACAAUCAGACUCAACCGUUAACCAGCCCUACGUCCAGCAACGAGCAAUCCGACAAGGUAAAGUUUGAGCAAGGAAAAGGCCAAGAAAAAUUCGAACAUGUCCUCCCGGCUAAACACGAACAGCAGAGGUACGAGCCUAACCAGGUGUUCAAGUACGAUCCUCAUCAGAUAAAGUACGACCAGCAUUCCAAGUAUGAUCAGCACGGGAAAUACGAGCAGACCAAUCAGCCGACGAAACUGUACGAGCAAUCGAACAAGCACGAACAAACUGGCAAUCAGACCAACAAAUACGACAACGUGUCGAAGAUCGAGCAGGGAAAGUACGAAUCCGGCCAGACUAAACACGAACAAAUUCACGGAACAAAGUAUGAUCCUAAUCAGAAUACUCAGCAAUACGGCAAGCACGAUCAGCACGAGGUGAGACCGUCGGUGAAGUACGAACACAAUACAGGAUUCAAACACGAAUCCUCGAACAAGUACGAUGCUGGGGGGCAGCAGUUCAAGCAGGAACCGGUAAAGUUCGAAAAUAAUCAGAACAAAUUCGAACAGAGUUCCACGACGAAGCACGAGCACAACGGGAAGUUCGAGAUCCCGGCAAAGACUGCGGAGAAGCCGUUCGAAUUCGAUAGGUUGAAGAAUGAGAACGAGAGGAAGAAUAUGGGAGAGGACAAGACGAAACCAGCACUACCUCCGAAACCGAGCAAACCAAACCCUCCACCGCGACUGACUCACCAUGAGAAAGUGGAUAACUCGAACGAUGGAAUCGGCGACUGCAAGAACAAUUUAGGAAUCAGUCCGAGAACAGAGAAAGAAGAAGACGUGCCGCCGAUACCCACUUCCGAACCGCCGGAAUCACCAACGGAAACCCAGUUCGGCAACCAUCAGAUCAUCAAAGCCAGGCCUCUUACCCUGAAAAAGGCGCCGAUCUCCGAGCAACCGAAACUCCGUUACGCCAAGUCGAAUGUCCACGUGUCGAUAAAUCGACGGAUUGAAAUGCCACCGGCCUUUCUGUUCCCGGAAACCGAGAUUCCAGCGGACCUGAUGCAAACGGAACAGCAGCAGCAGCAGCAACAGCAACAGCAGCAGCAGCAGCAGCCUCAGCAGCAGACACAGAUCAUCGACACGACGGACAACUGCAAGAAGAGCGGAUCCAUCAUCAACGAGGACGUGAUUAGCAACGAGAAAUUGGAAGAAGCGGACAUCAUCGACGCGUUGAAUGUCAUCAACAUUGAGGACAAGGCGAAGGCGAAGGAUUCUGAGAGAAGAACGGAAGUGGAGGUCGAUGCAAAGAGCAACGAGGUGAUGAGGAGGAAGAAAGGCAACCUGAAGUCCAGCACAGGAAAGGCGAACCUCUCGAGGAGGGUUUCCUUUGAUCCUCUGGCUCUUCUGUUGGACGCUAGCCUCGAAGGUGAAUUAGAAUUGGUGAAGAAGACUGCUAAAGAAGUGGCGAAUCCUAGUUCAGCCAACGAUGAAGGGAUCACUGCCCUUCAUAAUGCCAUUUGCGCCGGACAUCUAGAGAUCGUUAAGUUUCUGGUAGAGUUUGGCUGCGACGUGAACGCUCAGGACAGCGACGGAUGGACGCCCUUGCACUGUGCUGCAAGUUGCAAUAAUUUAUCCAUGGUGAGAUUCCUAGUGGAGCAUGGAGCUUGUAUAUUCGCCACCACCCUCUCUGACCAUGAAACAGCAGCGGAGAAAUGCGAAGAGGACGAAGAAGGCUUCGACGGCUGCUCGGAAUACUUGUACAGUGUCCAAGAGAAGCUCGGAAUCAUGAACAAUGGUCAAGUGUACGCAGUGUUCGACUACGAAGCACAACACAGCGACGAGCUCACUUUGAAGAACGGUGAUUCCUUAGUUGUUCUUCGAAAGGGCGAUGACAAUGAAAGAGAAUGGUGGUGGAGCAAACUGGGACACAAGGAAGGCUACGUACCUCGAAAUUUACUUGGCCUGUAUCCAAGGGUGCAACCGGCAAAGGUGGACUGAAGCGCGUCUCAGCCGGCGAACUCGUAAUAUUCGAUGAUUCAUUACCACAGUAUUCGAUUCGCAGCUUUAUCUCGUUAAGUAUCAUAGUUGCAUCGUCGCAUUACAGA